GCAGAAGGAAAAGUUAGUCUGAAGAGGGGGCGGAGAUGAGCCUUUUCUUUCGUCCCUUUUUUAUUUUAAUCACUGUUUAGCUCGGAGCAUUCCCUGUCAGCCAGAGAUGUCAAACAACAGCGCAAGCAGUUUGGUUAUCGCCCAAAAAGCCGUAAAACAACUGCGGCUGGAGGCCAGCGUCCGCCGGAUAAAGGUUUCCCAGGCGGCAGCUGACCUGAAGACUUUUUGCUUGCAAAAUGCCCAUAAAGACCCGCUGCUUAUGGGGGUCCCGUCCAGUGACAAUCCAUUCCGGCCCCCAAAAUCCUGUGAACUCUUCUGAGGUAAUGACCAGUGCUAGAGCGAAGAUGUCGGUUCAUUUUGUAUUGUUUUAGAGUUUGCAGAAAUUCUACAUAUAGUGCCAAGAAAAUGAAGACGAAAAAUGAAGAAAGACAUUUAAAAGCCUUUUCCACUGAGUUAAAAUGUAUAAUAUAUGCCAUUCUGACACCUGUCAUAUAUCACAACCAAGCGUGGCAGCACUACAAUGUAUUUCGUUUAGUAGGACGCCUACAGCAUUAAAGCUAAGCGUUCCUACCUAUAACGGCAAAUAUGCACUCGGAAAACCACAGAAAUCCCUGCUUAACACCGAAUAAACUUUCCACAGACCCACACCCACUCAUAUCAUGACCACAUGUGUUUGUCUGUGUUAUGCAAGCCUACAUGAAAUACAUAAUUGGGUUUAUAUAAAGACGUUACUGGAAGGACAGAAAAUGAUUAUUAUUGUAUUAUCCUGUAAUGUGUUUACUGAACAGGUUUUAUGUAGUUUCCAUCUUCUUUAAAUACACUGUAAACCAUCAGCUGCUCAGUGCCUUAAAAUACACACGCACCUAUGAUAUAUGUUGUGGAUGCACAUUUCCAAUAAAGUUAUUUCACAAUGA